AUGAAGAAGAUGAGUAACAUCUAUGAGUCAGCGGCCAACACGCUGGGGAUCUUUAACAGUCCCUGUUUGACCAAAGUUGAGCUUCGUGUGGCAUGCAAAGGCAUUUCUGACAGAGAUGCUCUGUCCAAGCCGGACCCCUGCGUCAUCCUCAAGAUGCAGUCUCAUGGGCAGUGGUUUGAGGUGGACAGGACAGAGGUGAUCCGUACCUGCAUAAACCCAGUAUACUCGAAACUGUUUACAGUGGACUUUUACUUUGAAGAGGUUCAGCGUCUCCGGUUUGAGGUCCAUGACAUCAGCAGCAACCACAAUGGGCUGAAGGAGGCUGAUUUCCUGGGUGGCAUGGAGUGCACACUUGGCCAGAUUGUAUCCCAGAGAAAGCUUUCCAAGUCCUUGCUGAAGCAUGGGAACACAGCUGGGAAAUCCUCCAUCACGGUGAUUGCUGAAGAAUUAUCAGGCAAUGAUGACUAUGUGGAGCUUGCAUUCAAUGCACGGAAAUUGGACGAUAAGGAUUUCUUCAGUAAAUCAGACCCAUUUCUGGAAAUUUUCAGAAUGAAUGAUGACGCAACUCAGCAGCUUGUGCACCGGACAGAGGUUGUGAUGAAUAACUUGAGCCCAGCCUGGAAGUCGUUCAAAGUCUCGGUGAAUUCUCUGUGCAGUGGAGAUCCAGACCGCCGGCUGAAGUGCAUAGUGUGGGACUGGGACUCCAAUGGCAAGCAUGACUUUAUUGGAGAAUUCACCUCCACCUUCAAGGAGAUGAGAGGAGCCAUGGAAGGGAAACAGGUACAGUGGGAAUGCAUCAACCCCAAGUACAAGGCCAAGAAGAAGAAUUACAAGAACUCAGGCAUGGUGAUUCUGAAUCAGUGUAAGAUCCACAAGAUGCAUUCCUUCUUGGACUACAUCAUGGGUGGCUGCCAAAUCCAGUUUACAGUAGCUAUAGAUUUCACUGCCUCUAAUGGAGACCCCAGGAACAGCUGUUCCCUGCACUACAUCCACCCGUACCAGCCCAAUGAGUACCUAAAGGCGUUGGUGGCUGUAGGAGAGAUUUGCCAAGACUACGACAGUGACAAAAUGUUCCCGGCUUUUGGGUUUGGUGCCAGGAUACCCCCAGAGUACACGGUCUCUCAUGACUUCGCAAUCAACUUUAAUGAAGACAACCCAGAGUGUGCAGGAAUUCAAGGAGUCGUGGAAGCCUAUCAGAGCUGCCUUCCCAAGCUCCAGCUGUAUGGUCCCACCAACAUCGCUCCCAUCAUUCAGAAGGUUGCCAAGUCAGCUUCAGAGGAGACCAACACCAAAGAGGCAUCGCAAUACUUCAUCCUGCUGAUCCUGACAGACGGUGUCAUCACAGACAUGGCUGAUACCCGAGAGGCCAUCGUCCAUGCCUCCCACCUCCCCAUGUCAGUCAUCAUCGUGGGAGUGGGGAAUGCCGACUUCAGUGACAUGCAGAUGCUGGACGGCGAUGAUGGAAUUCUAAGGUCACCCAAGGGAGAGCCUGUCCUUCGAGACAUCGUCCAGUUUGUGCCCUUCCGGAACUUCAAACACGCAUCGCCAGCUGCCCUUGCAAAGAGUGUGUUGGCUGAAGUCCCAAAUCAAGUCGUGGACUAUUACAAUGGUAAAGGAAUUAAACCAAAGUGUUCAUCGGAAGUGUAUGAGUCUUCCAGGACACUGGCACCAUGA